AGAACAAGCCUCGUCCGAAAAGUUGAUAGAUGAAUCCCGACUUUACCGAAAUGCAGGAAAAACGAUUUCUUUGACUAUUUUUUUUUUUUUUUAGGAUUUAUGAGCCGGAGCGCGUAUUUUUAGGGAUAUUUGUUUGUGAAAUGAAACGACCGAGAAAUGCCAGUGGAAAUGCUUCAUCCAAACUCAAUGCCUCCGUAGGUUUGUCACCGAGCCAAAUCUAUACGUUUCUGUCGACCUGUUGAGAGUGCUUGACCUGUGUGAGCCCAGAGAUGUGGAUCUGCAUGGUUUACAAUGAGACGGACACCAACGUGGACUUCCGGCUCUGCCAGGACUUUGGCCUCAUCCUGUCAGUCUUCUCCCUCAUCUACCUCCUGGUGUGCUUUCCAUUGGGGCUGUGCUACAAUGCGCUGCUGGUCGUGGUCAACCUCUCGAACAAGGUGUCUAUGACCAUGCCGGAUGUCUAUUUCGUCAACAUGGCCAUAGCGGGCCUUGUGCUCAACCUGGUGGCGCCGGUGGAGCUGCUGAGCUCCACCUUCACCCGCUGGCAUGCGUGGGAGUAUAACAACGAGGUCUACAUCACUCUGCUCAUCCUCUUCAACAUCUCAUCUCUGGUGAUCAUGUACUCCACCACGCUUCUCAGUCUGGACUACUAUAUAGAGCGGGCGUUGCCUCGUACAUACAUGUCCAGUGUGUAUAACACCAAACAUGUGUGUGGAUUCAUCUGGGGCGGCGCUGUGCUCACCAGCUUCUCUUCUUUGCUGUUCUAUGUGUGCAACCACAUCUCCACCAAGAUGGUUGAGUGCUCCAAAAUGCAGAACAAAGAGGCAGCAGACGCCAUCAUGAUGUUUAUCGGCUACGUGGUUCCAGCUGUGGCUGUUCUUUACGCCUUUGUGCUCAUUUUGCGCAUAAGGAAGGAAUCCACACCUCUGGAUCAGGACUCAGCUCGCUUGGACCCUUCUAUUCACAGACUACUGCUAGCUUCAGUCUGUGUGCAAUUUGUACUGUGGACUCCAUACUACAUGACCCUGUUGGUACACACUAUAGCUGGUACACCAGGGUACAGUAGCUACAUACAUUACUUCCCUACCUAUUACUUCUUGAGAUGUGUGUCUAAACUGCUGGCUUUCUCUAGCAGCUUUGCGAUGCCUCUCAUGUACAGGCAGAUGAACAAAAACUUCUCCAACAAGCUUCAGCGGCUGCUCAGGAGGCUGCACUGCAGAGACCAGUCCUGCCCCCAUGAACGCUCAACAGUGCAGCAAGUGGUGACGUGAGAUCCCCCCCUGGGAGAUCACAGAGGCACCUCCCACUCCCCCUUUUCAACCUCUUGGCCUAGCCGGUACUUUACUCCCCCUACAGAGCCAGUAUCUGACAGGGCUUCCUCGCUGCUCUGGACUGUGUUAAGAGACUGUGUUAACUGUGGAAUUUCCUGUCACCCUCCAGAACUUGAUCUGAUAUAUUCAGUCCUGCAGUGAGGGGACAACCCAAGCAAAAACCACUAAGUGCUGUUAUUUUUUAUUUUUUUUGUCACCAAGUGAAGCUCUCCACUAAGACACUUGGGCCUCCAGUUUGAGGGCAGUAAAUUGCCACAAUCAGCCGAGUUUCCCACAGACGCUAACACAAUCUCCUGUUCGUAAAGCGACUCCCAAACACUGUACCAUUGCAGUGGGCAAAUUUGAUCAGUGCAUGACUACCUAAAUUUCACUGUAAAGUCACAAUAUGCUAAUAUAUGUAAUUUAUGUCCCUACAAGAACAAUUUACAAGUGUUGUACUGGUAAUGAAAUCUUGAAAAGUGACAGAAUAUAAGAUGAUUUUACGAAUGUUUCCCUCAAGCGUAAUGCUUUCCACAACACACGUGCAGUGAAAACCCUAAAACCCUGCACUGAUGGAUGGUAGCUGGUAUAUCAACAAAAAAAAACCCACAACAGCUAAUUAACUUGCUCUCUGUGUCAAAAUAGUAAACCAACAUUUUGUGAUCCCAGAGAAAAUCACUGUUCACUGCCCUUAAAUUAGAGGCCUCGAUCACUUGAAUGAGAGGACAGCUCAGCCUUUUCAAAACUGAGCUGUCCUCUUUUACUUAGAUAUAUUGAGAGUGAUUCCUCAUUAUCAAAGUAAAUAUUCAUCACAUUUUACAGGUGGAGUACAAUAUUCACUGUCUCUUAUUGUAGUCCAUCGGAAGCUAUUUUUAUUCUGAUACCAGUACUACCCUGUAGCUAGAAGUAGGUGCUGGUAUGUAGAGGUGUUCACGUUUCACUUUUCUAGCUUGAGUUUUGAGGUUUUUAUCCACUCGAAGGCAUAUAGAGAUUGCUUUUGCAUAUGUCAAGUCAAGCACCACAGCGAAUCAAUAAUCAUAAUAAUACCUAGUGAUAAAAUCUAUAUACUGUACAUCCACACCAGUUUCCAGUCACACACAGCUACAUUAAUACGCUUAUAUCAAGCUUAUAUUCAGGGUUCAAUCAUAACCGGUUUACCUCUUGUGAUCUCUGCUGAAAUCACCUGUUAACCACAGACAGUUCAAGUCAUUAAGAGUCAGCUCAUGAAUUUGGGCUGAGAACAUUCACCUCAGCCCAGUAUGUGAUUUGUUAAGCUAUAUUUUGCUACUGCAGGAAAUAUACAUGCCUCACAUAGAGUCAGUGAAGUCCACACAGGGUCACUGACAGGGCCCUGAGGAGGUUGCAGGCACAUUCCCAAAAUUGUAUGAGUGCCAGAGUGUUUUGGAGGUUUUGUCUAGUGGGAAUAUGAAGCCUGGUUGAAUUACUUCAGAGGCUCCAUCAGAAACCUUCACAACAGAGCUCAAAAAUAGCACCACCCACCAGCAAAAAAUAAACAAUGGUAAUCUAUUGACUAGCUAAUAAAUUUGAACAUUCGCUACCCAUUUGACCAAAAUGUUAAGCGUGCUUUACAAAGGCUAGCCAACCAACCACCUGCAAACAGAAGUUUAAACUGUAAUGCUGCUCAGAUGCAGUAAGGUAAUCUGCACAUUAUUGGCAAAGCUGCUUUGAUUUCUUGCCUGCCACUGAAAAAUACACUAUAAGUGAAAAUUGAGCAGACCAUUUUAAUCCCAGAUACAAAUUGAAAGUAAAGACAUGUCGUUCUUGCAUGAGGUCUGUUGCAUCACUGCAUUCGUUUUAGUUUUUAUUAUUUUUCUGAACGAGAAGGCCAGUUUUUGAAUCAUCCUGUGAACAGAUACACCAGCGAGGUGGGGCAUUCACUUGAAAAGAAAUAGAGGGUGGGGGGGGGGGGCACUCAUGGUUUUAUCCCACUCAUAGACCAUAAAACAUAGCUAUACAUGUUUGCAUCUUGAAAUAAAUAAAUAAUUAUAAUUUCAAAGCUGACCUGCUUUAAAAAAGUGUGCUUGACUUUCACUGUGACGUAUAAAGGAUUGCCAGAUAUACUAACACAGAUUUGAUGCUUUUCAUACAUAUAUGCAAUUUGUAUUAGGAUUUUAACAUAGUAUCACACGUGCAUAAUGUAUUUUCAAACCACUCAUGCAUUAGAGAUAUUUUGUGUCUAUGAUUGAGGUAUGAAACGGUGUCCAACACUUUAAUUUUCCCUGCACAGCCCCCAUCCUCGUUAUGUGUAUCUACAAUCAAUCAGUGGGAAGUACUGUUUAUUUUCAACUGAGGCUGUGUUUACAUUAUGACCUACAAUACAUGCUGGCCCAUUUAAAAAAAAAAAAAAAAAACACGGUCUAUGUAUCGUGGCACAGUUAAUCAUUAUUUGAACUCAGUUCAAAGUUCUUUAUGGUUACUGUUCAUUUAGGAUUGGACAGCAAACAGUAGUGCAUGGUCUGAUGAUAAGUGUUUUGAAUCAAAGCUUCUGACGCACUGAUGGAGGAAAUUUAAGCAGAUUUUUGAACGUGAUGUGUCUGUUUUCAGCCCCAAAUUGGUGCGCUAUAUAUUGUGCCCAUAUUAAUUUUUUACCAAAAGUCCAACUAGUGAGGAGAAUUGAAUUGUUCCCAGUUUUCUGAUUCCUUGAACAUUUUGCCAUCCAUAUCCAGAUAGAAAUAAAGUGUCCAUGAUGUAGUGACUGAGUGAUAAACCAAAGGAGAAGUAAGCUCUGCAGUCAAGCUCAGAUUUUCCUUCCAGGAAUCAGAUGUAGUUGAAAGACAGUUGUCAAUACCCAUUCAAACAUUUAGGAUCGCUUUUAAAGAACAGUAAGAAAAUUAUUUUACAUUAUUCUCUUCAACUUCACUUUCACUUUCAAGCUUAAUCUGAGUAAUUAUGGGGAGUUUCCAUAGUUGAGCAAUUUUAAAGAUUUCCCGUUGGAUAGCAGUCCUUACCAGAUAUUUUCCAUUAAUGCCCAUUUAUUUCAUGAAAGCAUAUUCAACUCAAAGGCACUCAGAGAGCAGAAAUAUCUGCCAAGGUGGCACAAAACUCAGAAUUUUUCUUAUUUUGAUAAUAGAUCAUGUUUACAGGAUAUCAGUUUCCCUCUGAAUCUGAAACUGCCGAACUACACAAAGUGGAUGACAAUCAUGUGAGUUAUGGCCUUUUAACUUAUAAAAAACAUAUUGUUGCAGCGCCACAUGUAGGCAAAAUACCAUCAGGUUUUGCAAGAUUGCUCAGAUUUGAUAUGUAUAUGUGUCAUCAAAUUUGUUUGCACAAUAUGUUCAAGAAACGAGAUUUAUGUGGAAUUGGCCUCAACCACAAGAAUGCAGCAAGUAAGAAAAAACACAAAAUUCCUGAGCCAUCUAAGUAUGUGCCAAUGUUUAUUGAAUAUGGGAUGAAAGUGUUUGAAGAGAGGAUGAAAAAUGUGUUUUGUAAAACAUUUAAAAUGGAAAAAGACAAUCUUUUUGGCUAAUAAAUAUCAACCAAUAAAUCUAUGGGGAAAUUUAACUUCUUCACCUCACAGUUUAGGAGUUUUGAGCAGAUAUGUGAAGUAGUGGGAGGCCAAAUUUCCAAAUUUAAUUAAAAAUCCAUUUAAGGCAUGUUAAAAAUAUUUUUGCUCAUGUAACAGAUGGAACCUAAAACUAAAUCUUUGGCAGAGCAAUCCCCAAAUAUGGACUUGACUGCACAAUGUACACAACUGGCAGAUGAAGCUUGAUCAAAGUGUCUCAAAAAAUCACACAUAACUCAGACGACUGCUCAAGUCUGAGUUUGGUUUGUUGUUUCAGAGGGGCGUGCACAUCACAUCAGUAUGAAGAAAUUUGAGUAAUAAUCACUGAGUUCAGUUUAAUUGCUGAAACAGACAAAGUGUAAAAACACCCUCAGAGUUCUCCUGUGUCCAGUGUAUGCAGAUGCAUUUUUAGCUAUUUGAACGGCAAAACCUCAAAAAAAAAAUCCAGAUGAAUCCACUUUCAGAUGUGAUGCUUAUGUGACUGUGUAUACAAGUGUAUAUGUAUGAUACAAAAUGAUGUGUAUAUAUUGUGAGUGAGAGAAUUCCCAGAAGAUUUCAUGCUCUUUCAAAAAUACAGUAUUAUUUUCUGAGAGAUAUAUUUAGUUUCUGUAAUUGAUUUACUCCACUGUCAACUGAGUCAAAAACUGAAUAAACAGUAAACUAACA